UAAUAUCACAGUUAAUUAUUCCAUAGUUGUAUUUGAAGUUUGAAAUUGCCGGCAGCAGAAUGGCUGUUAAGGUCAUGAAAACCAUCCUCAACUUAAAUCGAUUUUCAAUCCCAAAACCUUUGCAAAAGCCUUCAAUUCCUACUCUUGAGCACACCAUAGUCGAACAAAUCAGGAUUUGUUCGAGUUUAAAGGAGCUGGAGCGUGUAUAUGCCACCAUGAUCAAGACAAAUGCAAUGCAAGACUGCUUCUUGGUAAACCAAUUCGUCAGUGCCUGCACUUCAUUUCAUUGCAUAGAUUAUGCAAUUUUAGCAUUUACCCAGAUGGAAGAACCCAACGUUUUUGUCUAUAAUGCUAUAAUCAAGUGCUUUGUCGGCUGCAAUCAACCAAUUCGAGCUCUGGAAUGUUACAUGCAUAUGCUGAGAGCCAUGGUCGGUCCUACGAGUUUUACAUAUACUUUGUUGGUUAAGGCUUGUGGUUUGGUGUCAGCGUUGCGGUUUGGGGAAGGCGUUCAUGGGCACAUUUGGAAACUUGGGUUGGAAUCGCAUACGUUUGUUCAAACUUCAUUGGUUGAUUUUUACUCUAAUAUGGGUAAAAUUAUGGAAUCAAGAAAGGUGUUCGAUGAAAUGCCUGAGAGAGAUGUUUAUGCAUGGACUACGAUGGUUGCGGCUCUUGUUCGGGCUGGGGAUUUGAGUUCUGCAAGUAGAUUAUUCGAGGAGAUGCCAGAAAGGAAUACAGCUGCAUGGAACACCAUGAUUGAUGGAUAUGCAAGAAUUAGGGAUGUGAAAUCAGCAGAGUCAUUUUUCAAUCAAAUGCCUGCAAAGGAUAUAAUAUCAUGGACUACAAUGAUCAACUGUUAUUCUCAGAACAAGCAAUUUAGAGAAGCAUUGGCUGUUUUUGAUGAGAUGAGAGCAAACAGGUUCAGUCCUGAUGAAGUGACCAUGUCAACUAUUAUUUCAGCUUGUGCUCAUAUUGGAGCACUUGAUAUAGGAAGGGAAAUACAUCUUUAUGUGGUGCAAAAUGGAUUUGAUCUUGAUGUUUAUAUUGGGUCUGCACUAGUUGAUAUGUACUCUAAAUGUGGGAGUUUGGACAGUUCUCUUUUGGUGUUCUUCAAAUUGAGAGAGAAGAAUUUGUUUUGUUGGAACUCAAUAAUUGAAGGGCUUGCACGUCAUGGUUAUACAGAAGAAGCACUGGCUAUGUUUAGCAGGAUGGAAAGAGAGGCUGUCAAACCAAAUGGGGUUACUUUCAUCAGUAUUCUUGGAGCCUGCGCUCAUGCAGGGCUAGUUGAAGAAGGCCGUAAGUUGUUUCUGAGCAUGAUGCAUGAUUAUUUGAUUCCUCCUGAAAUCGAACACUAUGGAUGCAUGGUUGAUCUAUUGAGCAGAGCUGGAUUACUAGAAGAUGCACUAGACUUGAUAAGAAGCAUGAAAUUGGAACCCAACUCUGUUAUUUGGUGUUGCUUGUUGGGUGGGUGUAAGCUUCACAAGAAUUUGGAGAUUGCUAAAGUUGCAGUCAAGGAAUUGAUGGUUUUAGAGCCAAACAAUAGUGGGCAUUAUGCCCUUUUAGUUAACAUACAUGCUGAAGCUAAUCGAUGGAGUGAGGUAGAAAAUAUCAGGCAAGCUAUGGACCAACUAGGGGUAGGAAAGAGUUGCCCUGGUUCCAGUUGGAUAAAUGGAGGGUAAAAUUCAUCACUUUGCAGCAUCACACCUAGCUGAACCAAGGCAGCAUCUUAUCAAACAUCAGUUUACUCUGCUGGUUGAUUAGUUGGGCAACUAAAGUUACCAAUCAUGUAUCUGAACUUGGCUCUAUGUUUUAGCAGCUUAGACCUUUCAGGAGAGGAAACGACACAUAUUCAACAGGGGGUGAGUAAAGUUAAGAAAUUUAUGUACCUUGUAUGAUUGAUGCCUUUCAGGUGGAAUUAAAGAACUUUGUAGAAGAAAAGAAAAAGAAGGCUCUACUUAGAGCUUUAGUGCAGCACAGCAGAGCCAGGUUAAAGGCUUGUGGAAGUAAUUUAGGAAUGAAAGCUCUGUUGAUUCCUAUGGAUAAUGGAUAGCUUAGCUUCAUUUGCUGAUUAGGCUGACAAAAUGGAUCAAGUUAUGAAGUGCUCUGUUCAGAAAGUAUGAUGGUAGAUAGAUGUUGCUUAGCCAAGGGUUCUGUUUAACUGGUGACAAAAACCCCACCUCUGUAGGUCAACCGCUUUACAAGUUAUGAUUAUUAGAAAUCAAAAUUGUGCGUCACC